GCUACAGAGCUGAGUAAAUCUGGGACCCAGGCUGUAUCCUACCACGCAGGUUUCAGUGACAACGACAGAAUCUCUAUCCAGGAAAAGUGGCUCAGUGGACAGCGAUGUAAGGUUAUAUGUGCCACCAUUGCCUUUGGAAUGGGGAUUGACAAACCUGAUGUCAGAUUUGUUAUUCAUUACUCCUUACCGAAGUCAGUGGAGGGAUUUUAUCAGGAGGCGGGGCGAGCUGGGAGGGACGGACUGCUAGCCCACUGUAUAAUGUACUACACGUACCAGGACGUCAAAAGACAGAGGAGGAUUAUAGAGAUGGAUCAGGCAGCCACAUUUGAUUCCAAAAGAGUUCAUAUAGACAACCUCUUCAGGAUGGUACAGUACUGUGAGAACGUGGCAGACUGUCGACGAUCACAGCUGCUUAAUUACUUUGGAGAGAGAGACUUUAAUAGAGAGGAGUGUAGGAAUUUCCGUGGAGCCAUUUGUGACAACUGUGUGUCUAAG